CCAUUUCUUGCGCACUGUGGGGUCGCCUUUGCUGAAGGGGCGAGGGGAGCAUUAGUCACGCUUGCCAGUUGCAGAAAAUCAAGAGGAAGGGGCGAGGGCUUUGUGCGGCUGGGAGCGAGUUUUGCGGGAAGGUAUAGGAUUAUAGGCAGCUGUACACAUAGGCAGGAGUGCUCCUGCACACACACACAGACACACAGACACACACGUACACACAAACCGAGACCAAGGUAGAUCCUCAAAGAUGGAGAGAGGGAUCCUUAAGUUCACAAAAAUAGGCAGGUCAUAUUUGAUGUUGGUGCUUUAGGUUUACCUUAAUUACAGGUCGUGAGGGUUUUCCAGGCUUGUUCAGUUUUUCUGAAGCUGACACCUGAUUAUCAGCAAGCGAACUCAAACCCAUGCCCUUCCUAUAAAUAACGUGUAUGUGUGUGUGUGUGCAUGUUUCUGCAACUCGUUUUCUUGUACCAGGUGGGGAGAAAGUUGUGCCAAGGCAUUAAAGGAGAAAGAGAGGAACACACACACACACACACACACACACACACACACACACACUCAAACACCCUGCAUCCCAGGAGCAGGUCCUACAGUAAUCCACUCUCUGGCUCUGUCUGCUCAGGGAGCCGAUAGUUGGGCUGUGUUGGUAUGACAUAAGGCUUUGGGGAAUUUGUGGCGAAGAGAAGCUAGGAAUUGCGAACGCCCUGGCCAUGAUAUCAGAUUCAGGAUCUGGAUAGGCGAGGGGGCAGUUCCCACCUCUGUAGUCCAUAUCUAGCUGCAGCCAGACUUCAACAAGAGGCCAGCCAGGAGCAUCUGAUGGAAGAAAUGAUGGGAGAAUCAGAUGUUUUUGUUUCUUCCUGAUUUCUUUCUCACGUCUUCCUUCAUCAAUUACAUACCUUGGGGUGUUUGGGUUUGGGGUGAGAAUAUUUUUCGGGGGAGACAUUUUGGAUGCCGAAGGAAAAGGGUGGGUGUGGGGGAAAACCUGGAAGGGUUGAAAAUUUGGGGGAAGAGGGUGGGGUAGGGGUUCUGCAUGAGCUCCUUAAAGGACAAAGGUAACAGAGGGAGCGAGAGAGCUAAAGGGAAGACUUUGACUUUAAACCACAGAAUUGGUGGAAGUGUGUGCUACGCUGCUGCUGCUGCUGCUACUGCCACUGCUGUUCCGGUUGCCGCUCCUGCACCCACUCCAGCUCUUGCUUUUGGUUGGUUUCAGAGCUCCCGGGUCCGGGAAGGUAGUGAGCCAAAGCUGGGGAGCGCCUGCCGGCUGCAGCCGAGGUCGCUUAGGAUGGGCUCCGGGAGCCAGGUGCUGUCCGUGGUUCCAGCGGUUCUCCUAGCCCUGACUCUGCCGGGGCUGCGUGUGUGGGCGCAGAACGACACUGAGCCCAUAGUCUUGGAGGGCAAGUGUUUGGUGGUAUGCGACUCUAAUCCGGCUACAGACGCCAAGGGCUCUUCCUCAUCUCCCCUGGGAAUCUCAGUUCGGGCAGCUAACUCCAAGGUUGCCUUCUCUGCCGUGAGGAGCACCAACCACGAGCCAUCGGAGAUGAGCAACAAGACACGCAUUAUUUACUUCGAUCAGAUCCUAGUAAAUGUGGGCAAUUUUUUCACAUUGGAGUCUGUCUUUGUAGCACCAAGGAAAGGAAUUUACAGUUUCAGUUUUCAUGUAAUCAAAGUCUAUCAGAGUCAAACAAUCCAGGUUAAUCUGAUGCUAAAUGGAAAACCAGUAAUUUCAGCAUUCGCUGGAGACAAAGAUGUUACACGUGAAGCUGCUACUAAUGGAGUCCUACUUUAUUUAGAUAAAGAAGAUAAGGUUUACCUGAAACUGGAGAAAGCUAACCAUGUCAAUGUGGCAGAAGCUUUAGCAGAAGUAAGUGUGCUCUGGAGUGUGCCCCAAGCUAGUGCCAUGUGUGAACGAAAGGCACAGCUCAUCUUAGAGGAUCACACACCUAUAGCUGUGCCAGCUGUGAGCCUUGCAGAGAAAGAGAGAAAAAAAUGCAGGCAACAUUUGGACAGGAUGAAAUCAAAGUGGCUCUGAGCUUAUGAAGUCUACUCAAAUAAGCACAAGGACUGGAUACUGGAUACUCCUACCGUGUUCGAAGGAAAGACUCUGGCAAUAGACUCUCUGAUUUCUAAAGGUGAACCUUGUUCAAUAUAGUGAUGUUCGUUGUCAGUGGCUUUUUGCCCCUCCUCUUCACAAAUACUGAAGUUAUACAUAUUUAAUUGGAGUUUUCAGACAAAGAGGAUACUGGCUGGUUGUUGUAUUUAUGGGUCAAAGUCAAUAGAAAGAUAAAAAAGCCCCUUAUUUCCUGUAUUGUCAGUAGCAAGUGAAAACAGACCACUCCUUUCUCUCUCCAAACUCUGUUCUCCCAUCCUUAGAAAUGAACACUUGUGUUGAGGGGAAGGACUCUAUCUUGACUCUACCCACAGUUUGCAUGAGCUGCUUACUCUAAGUGCACAUUUUAUUUGAAACACUGAAUAAUGCAUGGUCCUCAUCCCAGACACAGAAACUUAGGACCUGGGAUUUUCCCUUGUUCUGUAGAUCAAUUUAGGUUGAAGAUGCAUGAAGAUAUUGUUCUCCCCCCGCCCCCACUUUAGAUUUUCUUUGGGAAACCCAGGGAAAGGAUGUGUUUUUUACGAUACUUUUUAGGGUCUGAACAAAGCAGUAAGUCAGCAUCAUUUUCAAGCUGUGGUUGAUAACAUUUAUUGCUAAUUCUUUGAACCUCCUUCAAAAGAAAACAAUUCUGCAACCUGCACAGCACCCCCAGGAAUAAUUAUUCUUUUGCUCAGUUUGGUAAUUCAAUUGUGAAUUGUAAACUUGUUCACUUGUAGCAAAAACAAGAAAAAAGAAAGAAAGAAAAAGAAAGAAAAAGAAAAAGCUAUCAACGCCAUUUAUCUUGCAGGAAGCUAAAAAAGGUGCUUACCAGCACUUAGAUUGUAAAUCCUACAUGCUUUAUUAAAUAAAUGUACUAUUUUACUCAGGGAAGGGGACCUUUGGAAUAUCUGGGAAAUCUUACAGGCUUUGAAAUGGAAUGAAGAUUGACUUAUGUGAAUACUCUCAUUGUGUACAUCUUUUC